UUGUCCUCGCUAACGGUUGUAGUAGAUUCCAUUUUUACUAUCAUGGACCUGUCUGAUGUUAAUAUUUCUUACAAUUCUUUAUUCAUUUUGGUAUCGGAAUGAACUGGAAUUUAUAAUCAACUUGAUUGCAAUAAUCUUCAUUAUGUUGUGCAAAUGUUGGUAGGUGGAAAAUACACGAAUAUCGCAUGGAUUUGUAGAAAUUGUACGUAGUAGUAACGUGUUGUGUUUACAAUUUUAAACCUACGCUGGGAAUUUGAAAAACUCCAUCUCAGCUGUUUCCGAUAUCGUACGCGAAGAUUCAAAAUGGAGUACUACGAUUGUCAAAUGAGUGAUAUUUUUGAUGCAGAGGUAAGAACUGAAAUGGAUCAAAUAUUAAAUUCAGCCCAAUUGAGCACAUCAUCAGCGGCUACAGAGCUUCAUUUUGCUGGAACUGUAGAUACGAUCGAUUUAAGUAACUGCAACUCUAACUCCAACGAGAUAGCAGGCGACUCGACAGAACUCAUCAACCUGUCAUGGCUGCAGAACGGAAUAAACGGCUCGUCAACCAGCUUGGAUUUCUCGCAGCUUUCUUCAGCCAUGGACGUUCAUAAUUUACUUGUCGAUCCACAAACAGGAUCGCCAGUUACUUUAGAUUUUCUUUUAAAUCAACAAAAUGGGGUUCAACAACAGCAAGUAAGUAGGCCCAGUCAGCCACCACAGCAACAUCAAACCGUUCGAAGUGCCUUGGAAGCUCAGAAUUUUGCACAGCAACAAGCUAGCCAGCAAAUUCUAAAUAGUCAGGUUCCAUAUCAGCUCCAGCAACACUAUAUAAAUUCAAACAUUCAUGUUAUACAAAAUGGUACCGUUCAGAAUGGAAAGCAUACAAAAAUCGAACCCCAGCCCUCUGAUAACACGCAAGAAAAGGUUUAUCCGAAACCAGCUUAUUCUUACAGUUGUUUGAUAACGAUGGCUCUAAAAAAUAGCAAAACUGGAUGUUUGCCCGUUAGUGAAAUAUAUGCAUUUAUGUGUGAGAAUUUCCCUUACUUUAAGACAGCUCCAGAUGGUUGGAAGAAUUCUGUGCGGCAUAAUUUGUCACUUAACAAAUGCUUUGCCAAGAUCGAGAAGCCCCAAAGCAGUUCGGGAUCAAGUAGGAAGGGGUGCCUAUGGGCUUUGAAUCCAGAUAAGAUUGCCAAGAUGGAGGAAGAAGUGUCAAAGUGGACAAAGAAAGAUCCAGCUGGAAUCCGUCGAGCCAUGGCUUGUCCAGAGGAUCUUCCUAGCAUAGAAAAUGGAACCAAGGGUCUUCCUGGGGCUUCUCCCAAUAAGCCUUCGAAGGCAACAUCUAAACACAGUAGUAGUAGCAACACUGUUGUUAUGUCCUCUCCAGCACUGACCACCACGUGUGCCCCAACCACAACAACUCUUGCCAACGACUUCAUGAACACUGACAUCCUAUCGCUUGACACUCACUUAGAACUUGGCCUUCAAGACACUAUCUUGGACAAUAUGAAUUAUGACACGCUAAGUAUGGACCUGCCUGUUACAACUCCAUUUCCAGUCAGCCUUGCAGCAGCGUUUCUCGAUACCUCACCAGUCAAGGAUAGCUCUCAUAGUCUACACAGCGGACUUGACUCGCAGUACACGUUCAGUAGCCCUAGUAGGCCAUCGGUUACCGCUUACAUGUGACAAUGAAGGGAAUGGUCCAAUCACAGGCCACUGUAUUUCACCAAAGAAUCGUGGAUAGCAACUCAAAACAGGAAUUAAAGUAUCUUUUAUGGAAGUUUAAUUUUGAUCUAAGAAAUGUAUAAAAAUCAAGGGACUUCUCCGGUCCUUAUCUAAACUCAUGUAUUUGGUUUCAGUGUAAUGAUAAAUUUAGUUAAUAAUUCACAUUGGAUUUUGUCGUAAUUUGAGAUGUGAAAUGUCAACUAAUAAACUGAGAAUCAAAUUAUAUUCUUUUGAAUAAAACUGAUCCAAACUAGACAUUAGUGAAAAAAAUAUGCCCUUAUUUCCUAAUAUUGUCUCUGGACUUUUCUUAACUUUAGCGUUAUUUUUAACACCCUCAAUAUUUCAAAAAUGAAUUCUUACUGCAAUAAGUGUGCAUUAUGAAAUAGAAAAUAUGUGGGUUGUUUAUCCACAGAUUUUUUUUUUUUAUCUUAAAUAGAUUUCAUAAACAAAAUUAUGAUAUUAAUUUGUACAUAGUAUUAAAGAUUUUAAUCAUGUAAAGUAACAUUUAAAAAUUCACAACAUUCCUGGCAUGUACAUAGAAACGAAUCCUGGAUUCUAAACAUGCAACUUUUGUCAUAAAUAAACGGGGUAGAAGUGGGGUGGAGGUUUAAUGUGUCAUCUAUGCAGACGCUGUGUGUUUGAUCAUGAUCUAGAUCAAUACACCUUCAGAAAUCAUUAAUAAUUUCAAACCAAGAAUAUAUAUUUAAAAAAUGAAGUACAAAUGGUAAUUCUCAUUUAUAUUUCAAAAUUGUUAUGAUAGUAAUAAACACAAUUCAGAAAAAAAACCCAGGUAUUUGAAAGUGGUCACAUACAAACACAUCUAUAAAUAGAUUGUAUCUAUAGAUAGAUUUUUUCUAUUAGAUAGAUUAUAUCUAUUAAGUAGAUUUUAUCAACGGUGUGACUACUAUCUGAACAAAUGUGACUGUUACUCAUGAUGCAAUGCUUUUAGAAUGGUAAAACAAAUAACAGUUUAUAUUUGUGUGUGAGUGAGCCAACUUGUAUAUUGUAGCCCAGCUGUAAAUAUUAAAUUAGAGUGCAUAAAAUGAUCUAUUAUUAAAAUAAUUUGAUACUGUACUGUAAUCAAUUUAAUGAACUGCACAUGCAUCCACAUUAUUCAACUGAAUUUGCUGUUUAAUAAAUUUAUUGAAGAAAUUAACCAUGUUAUUUUACUUUUCAAGUUGGAAUUAGGGAAUUUAUGAGAUAAACAUUGUGUGAAUUCAUAGCCAGAUAUGGUUUUGUCUGUAUUUUAAAUAAGUGAUAUUAAAUUAUAAUUGAAUUGAUGUUUAGUAUAAACUUGCCAUCAACUCGCAUACAAUAACAAACAGACUAUGCUACAAACCAUUGCUCUGAUCAUGAACUCUGUUGCACAGCUAUUGCUGAAAUAGAUGAGAAGUGACAAUGAACAUGCUAUAUUAUGGGCAGUGUUUCAUAGCUCAUGCUAUAUAGUAAAGUAAUAGCAUGCACUAUGCAAUAUCAUGCUAAUAGUGAAUUUCAAAUGACAGACAAUGCACACAUAAAUACUGUAUCGUAUUUUAUAGUAAAUGAUAAUGAACAAGGUUGUAUAGUCAAUGCUAUAAAUAAUGAACGAUGUUGGACACUUAAUGCUAUAUUAAAUGUGUUGCACAGAUAAUGUU